AAAGGACACAGAAAAGAAGAUGGACUGGGGAACUCUGCAGGCCGUUUUAGGAGGCGUAAAUAAACACUCAACCAGUAUCGGGAAGAUAUGGCUCACAGUCCUGUUCAUCUUCCGUAUCAUGAUCCUGGUUGUGGCUGCAGAGAGAGUCUGGGGAGAUGAACAACAAGAUUUUGUCUGCAACACACUUCAGCCUGGGUGCAGAAAUGUUUGCUAUGAUCACUUUUUCCCCAUCUCUCACAUCAGACUCUGGGCCCUGCAGCUGAUUUUUGUUUCUACGCCUGCGCUGCUGGUGGCCAUGCACGUAGCUUAUACCAGGCAUGAGAAGAAAAGGCGGUUCAGAAAUGGUGAGAAAAUUGAUAUUGAAGAGCUGAAAAAUGAAAAAAUUCACAUUCGGGGCCCCCUGUGGUGGACGUACACCAGCAGCAUCUUCUUCAGGAUUGUCUUUGAAGCAGUCUUCAUGUAUGUGUUCUAUUACAUGUACGAUGGCUACCAGAUGCCUCGCUUGGUGAAGUGCAAUGCAUGGCCCUGCCCCAACACAGUGGAUUGUUUUGUGUCUCGGCCCACUGAGAAAACCACAUUUACUAUUUUCAUGCUUGCUGUGUCUGGGAUCUGCAUGAUGUUGAAUCUGGCUGAGUUGUGUUACCUAGUGAUAAAAAUUUGCAUGAAAGAAUCCAGGAAAACAGUUUUAAAAUAAUUCCCCAGUUUCAGGAUUUCCUCGUUUCCCCAUUUCCCUCAAACUUUCUUAGGUGUCAGAAAACAAUCAGCAAUAUUUUAUCACUUGAGGAAAAAUAUAAAA